AUGGCUUCCAGCUCAGCCAGCAGCCCCCGCCCAGCCCCUGAUGAGAAUGAGUUUCCCUUUGGGUGGCCCCCUACCGUCUGCCAGGACCCAUCAGAGCCCAGGGCCCUCUGCUGUGCUGCCUGUCUCUCAGAGAACAUGAGGAACUGCGAGGAUCGAACUUGUCUCAAAUGUCAAACGGACAACCCUCAUUCUGUAAACCCAGGAAAAUGUCUAUCUCAGGAGAAGGACCACCCUGACCUGACUGAGGUUGAAGUUGGGUGCCCCUUUGCUGACAUUGGCUGCUCCUUCAAGGGAACCCCAAAGUCUCUGCAAGAGCAUGAGGCUGCUUCCCAGACCUCCCACCUAAACCUGCUUUUGGACUUCAUGAAACAAAGGAAGACCCCAUUGGACUCAGGGCAGGAGUCUGGACCCCAGGUCCUGGAGCGGAACCUGUCAGACCUGCAGCUGCAAGCAGCCGUGGAGGUGGCCGGGGACUUGGAAGUGGACUGCUACCGGGCACCCUGCUCUGAGGGCCAGGAAGAGCUGGCCUUACAACACUUCAUGAAGGAGAAGCUCCUAGCCGAGCUGGAGGAGAAGCUGCGUGUGUUUGAGAACAUUGUUGCUGUCCUAAACAAGGAGGUCGAAGCCUCCCACCUGGCCCUGGCUGCCUCCGUCCACCAGAGCCAGCUAGACUGCGAGCGCAUCCUAAGCUUGGAACAGAGGGUGGUGGAGCUGCAGCAGACCCUUGCUCAGAAAGACCAGGCCCUGAACAAGCUGGAACAGAGUCUCCACAUCAUGGAGGAGGCCUCCUUUGAUGGCACUUUCCUGUGGAAGAUUACCAAUGUCACCCGGAGGUGCCACGAGUCAGCCUGUGGCCGGACCAUCAGCCUCUUCUCCCCAGCUUUCUACACUGCCAAGUAUGGCUACAAGUUGUGUCUACGGCUCUACCUAAAUGGAGAUGGGGUAGGAAAGAGGACCCACCUAUCACUCUUCAUUGUCAUCAUGAGAGGAGAGUAUGAUGCCCUGUUGCCCUGGCCUUUCCGGAACAAGGUCACCUUCAUGCUGCUUGACCAGAACAACCGUGAACACGCCAUUGACGCCUUCCGACCUGAUCUGAGUUCAGCGUCCUUCCAGCGGCCCCAGAGUGAAACCAAUGUGGCCAGUGGUUGCCCGCUCUUCUUCCCUCUUAGCAAGUUGCAGUCUCCCAAACACGCCUAUGUGAAGGAUGACACCAUGUUCCUCAAGUGUAUUGUGGAGACCAGUGCUUAG